AUGGCGACCGACCCCCCAGAAUCAUUCUCAAUCUCCAGCGACGACCGUCGAUUCAUGCGCGAACCAUACAACCCUCUCUACAUUCCCUUCCCAACGAAACCAGUUUUAGUACAUCAGAGCAAUAGCCUCCCCGGCCACGCAUUCACCCAAGGCCCCCUCUUCGCGCCUCUCCUCUUCGACAACAACGACUCCGAUGCCCGAGAUCACUGUGCGGCGGAGAGAACAUUCCUCUCCUGGCUCCGCCUUGCAACAUACAUGGCUGUAGUUGCUAUAGCAAUUCUUAUCAGCUUCCACCUCAAACACCAACCUUCUGAAUUGGAACGAAAAGUCGCCUUACCUUUCGGCAUUAUUUUCUGGGUUCUGGCUUUGGCGUGUUUGGUUUCGGGGUUGCAUAAUUAUAUCAAGACUGUGAAUCGGUAUUCGAGACGGCAGGCUUUGGUGCAGACGGGGGUUGGGACGCAGGUGGUUUUUACAGUGGUGGCGUGUGCUAUCAUAGCUGCUUGUGUGUUGUUUCUGUCGACCAAUGCGCAAAGUGCUCGGUGA